AUGGAUGGUCCACCGGGAACUACUGGAGGUAGUAGCGGUUCUAUGGGCCCACCGCCAGGAAUGCCCAGUUUUCCUCCCAUGCCUCCAUCGUCUGGCCCCAUGGUUCCUGGGAGUAUGCCACCUCCGCCCGUGGGUCCGCCCGGUACAAUGCCUGCAGUCACAACGUCUGGUGGUCCACCAAACAUGCCGCCACCAGGAAUGGGACCUCCUAGCAUGAUGGGUAUGGGUCCUCCCGGCAUUGGUCCUCCACCUCCGCCGGGCCUGGGACCGCCCGGGAUCAACAUGGGACCACCUCCGAUGGGUCCGCCAGGUAUUCCGUCACGAAUGCCCCCCGCUAUGAUGCGGGGAACACCUAAUAUGAAGAGUAACUACAAUCAAGCCAUAGAUAUGGGACCUCCCGGUAUGGUGCCACCCUCUAAUAUGAAUCCUUGGGACAAUCAGUGCCCGCCUGGCUGGGGGCGACAAGGUAGAGGGGACGGGCCUCCAGGGUGGGAGGAUCAGGACGACGAUGAAGAUGAUAAUGAUGAUGAAAGUGAUCCAUCUGGGCCUCCACUACCGUCCUUGUUGACCAUGAAGAUAGAUACACCUGAGGAAUUUAGAAAUAAACCACCUUCUGCUGUGGGCGGUGUGGUGCUACCAAAAGCUUUGGAGGAGGCACUCGCUUACAAAGAUCAAAGACAAGCUGCAUUAGGAGAUGAGGCAGAUAAAGUAACAGAGCAAGCAAAGAAACCUGAACCUCCCCCGGCUCCUGUGAUCAGUACAGAGUAUGAUGUGGAAGAGGAAGGAGACUCCGAUGAAGAUAAUAUACCUGAAGCGCCCUUACCACCGAUAAUAUCAAAACAAGAGAAUCAAACCAAAGCAAGUAAAACUAAACGGAAAAAGAAGAAGAAGAAGGCGGCAAAACAGAAAAGGAAAGAAGCAAAGUCGGCUGAGGAAAGUAGUAAAGAAGUUCAGAAGACAAGCGACAAAGAAAAUGAAAAGGAAGCUGAGAUUGAAUAUGUCCAAGAGAACAUACAGUUCCAUGAGCUAGAGCCCAUGUACCGUCAGUUCCACCGCAUCCUGGAGUCGUUUAAGAUUACGGAGAGGAAGGAGGAGGUCAAGGAUGAACCGGGGAAAGAUGCACCGAAACCCAGCAAGCCGUUGGAGAAAGUUACCGACCAAUUUGCAGCUGAUGAAGAGGCUGUUGAGAAACAUGCAGCCGAUGAGAAGGAGCGUCUCUCAAAACGCAAGCUAAAGAAGCUGUCCCGGCUGUCGGUGGCGGAGCUGAAGCAGCUUGUAGCCCGGCCGGAUGUGGUGGAGAUGUAUGACGUCACCGCCAGGGAUCCUAAACUACUGGUGCAACUGAAGGCUCACAGGAACACGGUCCAAGUACCGAGACACUGGUGUUAUAAACGGAAGUACCUUCAAGGCAAGCGCGGUAUCGAGAAGCCUCCGUUCGAUCUGCCGGAUUUCAUCAAGAAGACCGGCAUCAUGGAGAUGAGAGCCUCGCUUCAAGACAAGGAGGAGACUAAGACGCUCAAGGCCAAGAUGAGGGAGAGGACGCGCCCCAAGUUGGGCAAGAUUGAUAUUGACUAUCAGAAGCUACAUGAUGCGUUCUUCAAGUGGCAGACCAAGCCUCGUAUGACCAUCCACGGCGAUCUCUACUACGAGGGUAAGGAGUAUGAAACUCGUCUGAGGGAGAAGAAACCGGGAGAUUUGUCAGAGGAACUUAGAACGGCAUUGGGAAUGCCGGUGGGACCUGGCUCUCAUAAGGUGCCACCUCCGUGGCUGAUCGCCCAGCAGCGUUACGGUCCGCCUCCUUCAUACCCAAACCUAAAGAUCCCUGGUCUGAAUGCUCCUAUACCCGAGGGUUGCGCGUUCGGGUAUCACGCGGGCGGCUGGGGGAAACCUCCCGUCGAUGAAGCCGGCAAACCUCUCUACGGUGACGUGUUCGGACAUCAGAGCAGCGGCCAAGAUGAUGCUGAGGAUCAAGAUAUAGACAGGACCAUGUGGGGUGAACUGGAGUCCGAGUCAGAAGAGGAAUCUGAAGAAGAGGAAUCCGAUGAGGGUGAAAAGGCCGGUGAUGGCGAAGCUGUGGCAGCGGGUGUGGCGACCCCUGGCGAGGGACUCGUCACUCCGCUGGGCACCAGCUCCGUACCGCCAGGACUGGAGACACCUGAUACUAUUGAACUUAGGAAGAAGAAGAUGGAGGAUCUGGAGGGUGGCGAGACACCGGCCUUGUAUCAAGUGGUCCCUGAGAGACGGGUUGGUCUUACUUCUGGUAUGAUGGCGUCCACACACGUUUAUGACAUCAAUGCCGCUAAUCCGGGUAAACGCGCUCCAACGGGUGCUACCAGUGAGGUAGGUCCCAGCGCGGCGGCCGGUGUGGAGGUGGCACUGGACCCGUCGGAGCUGGAGCUGGAGCCCGAGGCUGUGGCGGCGCGCUACGAGAGACACCUGCGGGAACACAGGCCCAAGGGACGAGAGGACCUGUCCGAUAUGUUGGCUGACCACGUGGCCAGGCAGAAGAAUAAACGGAAGCGUCAACAAAACACAGAUUCCAAGCAAGCGAAGAAAUACAAAGAAUUCAAGUUCUAA